AUGGACGGCAAGCGUCAUCCCAGCUCGUUUCAGCAGCUGGAAAAGCUGGGCGAGGGAACUUAUGCGACGGUUUUCAAGGGGAGAAAUCGCCAGACAGGCGAGCUCGUUGCCCUCAAAGAAAUCCACCUCGACUCCGAAGAAGGCACUCCGUCAACGGCGAUCCGUGAAAUCUCCUUGAUGAAGGAACUCAAGCACGAGAAUAUUGUCGCCCUUCACGAUGUUAUACAUACCGAGAACAAGCUCAUGCUUGUGUUUGAACAUAUGGACGGUGACCUGAAGCGCUACAUGGACACCCAUGGUGAGCGCGGCGCCCUCAAGCAUGCCACCAUCAAGUCCUUCAUGUACCAGCUCCUCAAAGGCAUCGACUUUUGCCAUCAGAACAGAGUCCUGCACCGCGACUUGAAGCCGCAGAAUCUCCUCUACAACAGCAAGGGGCUGUUGAAGCUGGGUGAUUUUGGUCUGGCUCGUGCCUUUGGAAUUCCCGUCAAUACCUUCUCCAACGAAGUCGUCACCCUUUGGUACCGUGCGCCCGACGUACUUCUCGGCAGCCGCACCUACAAUACCAGCAUCGACAUAUGGUCUGCCGGCUGCAUCAUGGCCGAAAUGUAUACUGGUCGCCCGUUGUUUCCGGGUACGACAAACGAGGAUCAAAUCAUCCGCAUCUUCCGCAUCAUGGGCACACCUACCGAACGAACAUGGCCUGGCAUCACCCAGCUGCCCGAGUACAAGCCGACGUUCCAGAUGUACGCGACGCAAGACUUGCGCAACAUUCUACCCGCCAUCGAUCCUACUGGCAUCGAUUUGCUUCAAAGAAUGCUGCAGCUGCGACCCGAGCUGCGCAUUAGCGCCCACGACGCCCUGCAGCACCCCUGGUUCAAUGACCUGGUCAUGCAUCAGCAGCAGCAGGCGGCCCAGGCGGCCGCACAGGCUGGGGUCAGAGGGUAUCAGCAACAGGUUCCGGUGCAAAGCUACGAAGGCUAUUAG